ACAGCACUGUAGUAGCGGGCUAUGCCAAACGGGAACAAAGCGGCGUGAAUCUGGACUUGUAGUAGAAUGAGCGGGCGCGUGCUGAACGGGAAAAUGCUGCAGCUACCGGCUCCGCAGCGCGCGGGGAGGACAAUGCACUUUCUGUCAAGCUGGGACGAGAGCAGCUCCAUCAGCAGCGGUUUGAGUGACGGCUCAGACAACCUCAGCUCUGAAGAGUUUAACACAAGCCCCACCCUCAACUCCCUGCCCACCACUCCAAUUGGCUCCCGCAGAAACUCAGCGAUCGUGCUGCGCACAGAUGCAGAGAAGAGGUCUAUGGUGGAGAGCGGUCUGUCCUGGGACAGCGAUGAUACCAAACCCAGCCGCAAGAGCCAAGGUGGCGGGGUGUACGAUACGGGAAGCCUCAAGACUGAGUCUGCCAAUAAAUGGAAGAAGGCGCGGCCGCAGGGGGACGGGCAGGAAGGAGGGAGGGGUGAACUGAAGAAGCCCCAGACCCUGGGCCAAUCAAAUGUGUUGAAGAAAGGGGGGCGUAACCCACCUGUGGGAGUUACUUCUCCGAUCACACACACCUCUCAGAGUGGGCUGAAAGUGGCAGGCACAGUAAAGUCAGAUGGGAAGCCAGUGGAUAAGUCGCGGUUGGCAGUGAAGGCCUCAGGUCUCCAGCGCUCCUGUUCUGAUGCUGGUAAAGACCAUCGGAAUGGCACUGCCCCUGGCGAGCAGCGUAAACCCCCGUCCGGCCUUGUGCGGCCCUCAACCGGCGGGAACUUUGGCUUCAAGAAGCCCACUCCAGCUACAAGUAACGGCACAAACAAUACCAGUGUGCCCACUGUGAUGAGCACAGGUGGCAGCGCCAUACCCAGCGGCUCAGCAACAGUGGGCAAGAUUCCCAAAACAUCCGGGAUUCCUGUAAAACCAGGGGGAGGAGGAGGAGGAGGGCGGAAGACGAGCCUUGAUGUUUCAAGCAGCGACCAGAGCGGUUUUCUGUCUCCAAAUGCCAGGACAUCUCUCCAGUACCGAUCUCUGCCGCGCCCAGCUAAGACCAGCACCCUGACGUUAACCCGGCCUAGCUCAGCUCGCCCAAUGAGCACAACCAUGGACACAGGCUCUGGGCUGAUGAAACCCUCCACAGCGCCGCAGGGUUCCCGGCUCAAAGAGCCCACGUCAGGGCUCGGAUCUGGAACAGGGUUGAUUAAGCCAGGGGGUCGUGGGAUCCCGAGCCCAAGUCCUGUCAAUCAAACGGACAGAGAGAAGGAGAAAGAGAGGGCUAAAGCCAAAGCGGUGGUGUCUGAUUCAGACAGUGGAGGCGGGUCCCUGAAGGCCUGCCCUGCACAGACUCCUUCAGAGAGUGGAGGGAAGCUACAGGGGCUGAGACCUCCCAGCACUGGCAAGACCUCUGACCUGCCGUCACCAAACACACACAGGUUAUCAGGUGUUCGCAGCCUGGUGAAGCCUCCAUCCAUGGCCCAGCUUGAUAAGCUCAACUCCAACAGCCUGGAGGUGGGGAUGGGAGUUCAGAAUGCCCUGCCUCCCAAGAUUCCUCCCUACUCCAAGCUCCAAGACCUGGUCACCUCAGCAGGGAGCUCCCCCAGUCCCUGCCUGACCCCCAGCCCCGCCCCUUUGCUCAACGUCAACUCUUCAUCCUGCUUCUCGAGCUCAGGAAUAGGGUUGGGACCCAGGCAGGUCUCUUCCCUUGGGGUUGGAGUGAACACGGGGAGUGGAGGGAGCUCCUCACCCCUGCUCUACCCUCGUCUCUCCGGCCUGCAUCGCAGCAUGGAGUCGCUGCCGCGCCAGAUGAGCCUGGCCCCAGAAUCCCAGGAGAGCGCGAAGGACAGGGACGGUGUGUUGAGAGGCUACACAGCCACAGAGUGUCUGGACAGGGAGAGACAGGAGGACAGAUGCCCCCCAGCCAGCUGGAGCUCUGGAAGCAGGACCCCUCUGAGCUUCACAGACAGCUCUCAGAAAGACAGAAACACACUGCCAAAGAAAGGCUUGAGUUUCAGUGGUGCAGCCCAGGGUGAGGAGGAAGGCAAGGAGAGAGGAGAGAGGAGACACUCUCACACUAUUCUCAGUAUGACAGACUCUCUCACCCCUCCAAUGCUGCCCUCACCCACAUCCCUGCCCCGCGCCUGCAAGACCAACAUGGGUGGGUAUCGACACAACUUGGGACAAUAUCCAAAGGGAAAAAAUGUAGCCGCCAGCCCAGUCGGUGGACCACCCAGGAUGACUCGAUCCAACAGCAUCCCUACCCACGAUGCCUCUCUGGAACUGUACGGAGCCUCCCCACUGGGCAGCACCCUGUCGCUGGCCGAACGCCCCCGCAGCAUGGGAAUGGUUCGCUCCGGAUCCUUCAGAGACAGGGAAUCCAAUGAUGAAGUUCAUGGCUCUGUGCUCUCCUUGGCAUCCAACGCCUCAUCCAGCUACUCCUCGCAAAUCCGUAAGCUGAGGAGGGAGCUGGAAUCAUCUCAAGAGAAGGUGGCUAAUCUCACCACGCAGCUGUCUGCAAACGCAAAUCUGGUGGCGGCCUUUGAGCAAAGCCUGGCCCUGAUGACAACUCGACUUCAGAGUCUGUCAGUCAGCCAUGAGCAGAAGGACAGUGAGCUCCUGGACUUGAGGGAGACCAUUGAGGCUCUGAAAACCAAAAAUGAAGAAGCCCAGGCUGUCAUUCAGGGAGCCCUGAACAACCCAGACAAUCUCAAAGACACGCGUAUUCGUCGUCAAAACUCGUGUGAGAGCAUCUCCAGUCUGAACAGCCUGACCAGUCUCUCCAGUGUCGGUAGCUCUAAGGACCAGGAUGCAAAGAAGAAGAAGAAAAAGAGCUGGCUGAGGAGCUCCUUCAACAAGGCAUUCAGCAUCAAGAAAGGGUCCAAAACCUACUCAGACAUUGAAGAGAUUGCCACCCCUGACUCCUCAGCUCCCAAUUCCCCAAAGAUGCCCCACGAUGGGAUAGAGGGAGGAGAGAGCCAGCCCUCAUCCCUCAAAACUUCUACCUCUGCCACCUCCUCUGUGAUCAUGGAGAGCACAGAAGAAACAGAGAGUGACGAGCGGGUGGUAUCGGAGCUCCGAUCAGAAUUAUGGGAAAAGGAGAGGAAGUUGACUGACAUUCGUCUGGAGGCCUUAAACUCCGCCCAUCAGCUGGAGCAGCUCCGAGAAGCCAUGAACAGCAUGCAGUCAACUGUGGAGAACCUCAAGGCAGAGAAUGACCAGCUGAAAACAGGAAGUCCCUUGCAACUCCCUGUCUCCGGUCCAACCUCCUCCACCUCCCAGCCCUCAGGACUGGCCUCUCUCCUGGCGCCCUCGCCAAGGCAGUCAAUGAGCAUGUCCUUCACCAAGUCCUUCAGCCUCAGUCUGAAUGAUUGUAAAGAUCCAAGCGUGUCUCCAGUGGACAUGCUAAGUGUGUCCUCUCAGAGGGAUGAGCUGUCUGUGCAAGUACUGGUACGCAUUGAAGACCAAGCCGAGGAGAAUAAACAGCAACAGGACUACUACCUCGGCUCAGUGCUGGUCAAUAGGACGACUGACUGGGCCUUUCUGGACUCACUCAUAGCUAAGACCUUCAGAGACUACCUAACACAAGUGGACCCAACAGCCAGCCUGGGUUUAUCCGGUGACUCACUGCACAGCUACCAGCUGGCCCAGGGAGGCCAUAGAGUGAUAGGAGGAGACAAGCCCCAAGCCUUACCUUGCCAUUGUCUCGGCAGUGGGCCUGCUCGCAUCUUUGUCACCUUGAAAGGUCUUAGAGAGAAAUGCGUUGACUCUCUGGUGUUUGAGACUCUGAUUCCUAAGCCUAUGAUGCUGCACUACAUCAGCCUGCUGCUCAAGCACAGACGUCUGGUUCUGUCAGGGCCCAGUGGGACGGGGAAGUCCUAUCUGGCACAGCGUCUGGCCCAGUACCUCCUGCAGCGCAGCUUGCCCGACUCGCCAGAGGCUGACCAUGAGUCCACACUCCCAGGUCACAAUACUGUGGUCACCUUCAACAUGCACCGUCAGUCACAAAAGGAGUUGCAGCUGUAUCUGUCCAACCUGGCAAAUCAAAUUGACAGAGAAAGUGGUGCAGAGCUGCCACUGGUUAUUAUCCUGGACGACAUUAGUGAUGCAGCAGCCAUCAGUGAGCUAGUCAACGGAGCGCUCACCUGCAAGUAUCACAAAUGUCCCUACAUCAUUGGAACGACCAAUCAGCCUGUGAAAAUGUCGUCUAACCAUGGACUGCACCUUAGCUUCAGGAUGGUGAUGUUCUCUAACAAUGUGGAGCCAGCUAAUGGCUUCCUGCUGAGGUACCUGCACCGUAAAGCUGUGGAGGCCCAGCAGAAGGAGGAGCAGGACCCAACAACGCGCCAAGCUCUACUCUCUGUUCUAGAUUGGGUCCCACAGCUCUGGUACCAUCUCCACACUUUCCUGGAGAAACACAGCACUUCAGAUUUCCUCAUAGGUCCCUGCUUCUUCCUGUCAUGCCCGGUGACGGUGGCAGAGUUCAGGCCAUGGUUCAUCGACCUGUGGAACCACUCCAUCAUACCUUACCUGCAGGAGGGAGCCAAGGAUGGUAUCAAGGUGCAUGGCCAGAAGGCAGUGUGGGAGGACCCAGUGGAGUGGGUAAGAGGGACCCUCCCUUGGCCUAAUGCCCAGCAAGACCAGUCAAGGCUCUUUCACCUACCUCCACCAAGCACUGGCCCACCCAGCGAGGACAGGAAACCCCCCAAAGAUACACCUCAACCCAGCACACUGGAAUCAGACCCGCUGAUGGCCAUGCUACUGAAGCUCCAAGAGUCGGCCAACUACAUAGAGUCUCCAGAGCGGGAAGGCAGUCUGGAUCCCACUCUCCAGACUACACUCUGAGGAUAACAUGUGCCAGACUGUCAAAGCCUAGUCAUAUGGCCAAGCAUCUUCAGCCAAGCCAUGGAUCUACAGACUCUGAAUUAUGGCUAAUGGAAGCUGACAGUGUGAAACAUAGGGUGUAAUCCCAAUGAGACUGUAAAGACUCAAUAAUGAACUUAUUGUGUGCUCAGUGAGCAGUUACGAAACUAAAUGAUGAACAUAAAGGACCUACAGAGAGAUUGAUUAUGUGUUAAGGAUAUGGUCUGCCCUGCUAUUAGAACAUUGGAAAAAAUGGUAAAACAGCUUUCUUAGAAAGCUCUGAUAAUCAUAUCAGGAAAAGAUAUCAAUUUGUCUCUUCUCUGCCCUCAGUUUGUUCUUGGUGGGUUGUUAUUGAAUCUGCAAGUGCAUGGUAACCAGAAUAAUAUGAUGCAAAAGUUAACCUUAUAAUCCCAUCGUUCAAGACCCAUUCUCUUCAUUUUUGGAUUACCAUUGCAUCCACUAAAGACAGGUGCUGACCGGAUUUCUUUCAAGGCACGUGCUUCCUUUGACAAAGUAAUUAACCUCAGAUGUAAUUGAAACAUCUGAUUUCCCCCAAAGUACGACCGUUGCUCGACAACAGCCAAAAAUGCACUUUAUUUUCUACUUGUCACAAUUGGAUUUUAGGGGGCUGCAUCAGUGAAAGGGGACUAUCAUAUUGGCCUUAUCAUUGCAGUUGACAAGUAAGUCCUCUAGGUGGCAGUGUUUGCUGAUCUUUGCCUCAGUGCUCUACUAGUGUGCUACCCCACUUAUCAAAGGUGCUUGGUAGAAUACAGCAUACACUCACAUUAGUCUAUAAAUGGCCUUGAAAUUAUUAUUAUUAUUAUUAUUUUAAAAAAUUCAGCCAUUAUGCCAUUCAGUUAUAUUUAUGAAAUGCAUCAAACGUCAUAACUGUGAAUUUGCAAGUAGCUACAAAAGUGACAUGCAUGGGUGAAUAUUGAAUCAGUUUUAAGGUCAGUCUAUAAAGAAAAUGUCAUUAUCAGUGGAUUCAGUGGUCAGUGGUUUAGUCCAGUAAUAUCGUCAUAGCCACAGAUGUGCCGACUCCAGCAAACUGCCUGUAUCACACUGGCUCCAAACACUCACUUCACUAUCCGGAUACCUGUGGAGAGUGUGAGCCGACUGGCCGUGGUGGACUAAGCAGACACAUGGCGCUUCACAACAUAUUGGACAAAUGGAACACACAGGAAAAAAGCAACUACUUGUUUAUCUACUCUGCCAACACAGCCUACCAUUUCUGGCUAUGCUUGCUUAUAUCCUGUACUCAGAUAUCAGUUUUAAAACAUACAAUAUCCUCUUGUGAUAUAUAAAUAUAUAAAUAUAUAUGAAACCUUCAGCUUUUAAAUCUUGAUUUUGUAGGAUUUUAUACUGGGUCAUCCUCACUGACUACAAGCAUACAAUAACUAUCACCUUUACCUAACAUGCCACUGAGUCUGAUAGAAAGCCAGUGUCAGUUUAUUGACAGCAGCAGUAAGGAAGGGUUGUACUUCAGCCAUCGCUGUUUUCCAUGAUCAUUCUUCGUACCACACGGUGUAGUGCAGAACACCAGUGAUGAAAUGCCACUAUAGAAGUGGUACCUGUACAACAACAACCAUUUUUUUCCUACUCCGCUGUAUUAGCUAUUUAUAUCUUUGAGGAAUAACUUUACUUUUUUCAACCUGUAGAAAUCAACCUUCUGUGUAUCAUUUUUUAGGAGUUAGACACAGUACCAGCUGCUGUACACAAAGCUGAGGGGUAAGAGGAAGAAGAGCAUCUCGUUUAUAAGUUGCUUCCUCCCAUUUCUUUCCUUCCUUGGUUUGCACAUAAUAUAUGCUACUAGAUUACAAAGACUAUUUAUUGCUUACAUCUUGACUGUUCAUGUGGAGGUGUUGAUGAGGAGCAAGGCAUGGAAAGGAGACAUGCAACAGGAGGAAACUACUGUAGGUAACAGAGAUGUGCUCUCACCUCUCAGCUCUGUGCCCCUUAACCCCGGAUUACCUCAGACUGCCAUAUUCUGUUCAGAUGUCCCUCUACCUUCCAAACAGGGUGCUGGUGUAAAGUACAGACAUGCUGCCUCAGACUAUCAGUGCCUGAAACACUAUAUGGCCUGAAGCGGCUCUUAAGCUGCUUUAAACUACCACACAGAGGCCUGGAUUUAGAGGGAGAUAUCAUACCUGGGGAGCAUCACUUCCUCUGACCUACUCUGAUGUCACUUUAAUGUUGUCACUUUAAUGACCAGAGUUAAGAGAGAAUGCUGGGUAGAGAGUGAGCAGCCAUUUUGACCUUCGGCUGGUUGUCAUGGUGAUAGACUGAUGGUGUGAGGAGGAUUUGGUGUGUGCAUCCUUUAUGGUGUGCGCUCCUCAGUAGAACAGAUAAUGUGUCAUGAUUGAGCUGCUUAUCAGAUAUGUGAUUUGAUGUGGUUUCGCAUCUAGCAACCUACAAUAAGUGUGAAAGACUUGAUAUCUUUGAGAAGAUGCCUGAGAGUAGAAGCAGUGUAACAACAGCUGCAGCAGUGGAUUUUACCUGGAGAUGUAAUGUCGAUGCACGCAUCCCUUGUGUGUUCCCAAAGUUUUGUUCAUUGGACCUACCAUGCUUACCUUAUCAAGGGGGAUUUUUAAUAACUGGAUAUCUGCCUCUUUCCAUGUUGUUUUUUAAAGGCAAAUAUUUGUUUUUUUUCUUAUGCAAUUAUUUGUAAAGUCUCUCUCUCUCUCUCUCUCUCUCUCUCUCUCUCUUUCUCUCUCUCUCUCUUUCUCUUUUGUACAGGACAUCACUAUUGUAAACACUGUACAUAGUCAGCGCAUCUGCGACAACAAUCACUAAAGUAUAGAGAUAUAAGAGAAGGCAUAGCACCUGUAUGCAGACAAUGGGCAUCCUUGGUCUUAAUGUCUUCCUCUAGUGGGAAGGAGCACUUGGCUUGACAAGGGGGGCUGAUAAUGGAUUUAUGGCAUGGCAUGUCUCUAUAACCACAGCAAAUCCCAUAUGUCUAACAUUGCUCUAUGGACACUCAAUAAAGUCAUGCCAUUCUUCAUAUCA